GAGUUGUGCAUAUUACUAGCACCAUCUAUACCGGAGCGAUCUCUCAGUAUUGAGAAGAAAAUGUUAUCAACUCUUUGGGUUCUUGGAAAUCAAGAAAGUUAUAGAGGUGUAGCCGAUAGAUUCGGAAUCGGCAAAAGUUCUUUACAUUAUGUAGUAAUGACCGUUUGUCAAGCCCUUGUUGCAAAGCAAAGUGAUUAUAUUUGUUGGCCAAAGGGCAUUGAAGUGCAACAGAUAUGUGAAAGUUUUCGUCAGAAGACAGGAUUUCCAGGCGUAAUUGGUGCUGUUGAUGGAACCCACAUAUACAUACCUGGCCCAUCACACCACAGAAAUUCAUACAUAAAUCGAAAAGGGUUCCCCAGUAUCCAACUGCAGGCCGUAUGCGACAGCAAUCUGAGAUUCACGGAUGUUUACACUGGGUGGCCAGGCUCAGUUAAUGAUGCCAGAGUUUUUAAGAAUAGUCCAGUGCGCAACGUGCUGCAUAACGAACUACCACCUAACUUACAUCUACUUGGUGAUUCUGCGUAUGCAUUAUCAACGUAUGUUCUCACGCCAUAUAGAGAUAACGGACAUUUAAAUGCAGUAGAAAAACAGUUUAAUAAAUACCAUUCGUCCACACGUGUUGACAUCGAAAGGGCGUUCGUUUAA